GACUCCAGUCAACUAAUUUGAGAUUUCUGACCGGCGUAACAAAUGGAGGGAGUGUAUGUAUUUGUAGACAAAAAGAACAUAUAAGGAAAUACAUAUGUGAAAUUAGUGCUUGCAAUGGACAACUUAAUGUUGAAGUCAAUGGUGACCCUCAAAAUUGUGACUGCCUUACUGAGGAUGGAGGACACUGUGUUGAACUUGUCAUAGAUUCAUCCACGUGUGGAGAUUUGGUCCACACUGGCGGACAUGGGCUGUGUUCAGAAGAUUUACCCUGUAAAUGUACAAAUAGUGGGCUAUAUUGUUGCACAUCAGACACCCAAUUGAACCGAAGCAUCCUACAGUUUAACUGUGGCAACAAGCAUGGUGCCUCGACAAACAAGCCUGGAGCCUCGACAAACAAGCCUGGAGCCUCGACAGACAAGCAUGGAACCCCUCUAAAGACAGGAACAUUGGUCGGAGGAGUGGUUGGAGGUCUCAUCGGCGGAGUCAUCAUCACUGCUGUCGUCGUAUUGCUGUGGCAUGUGUGUCGCAAACGUAGAAGACAUCAAGAAAGUCCCGGAGAACAGAUGACAGAUACUCACGCAUACCUGGGCCCAGGUCACACCAGCGACUCACAAGACAAAAACAAAGGAGCAAAUGAAAAGUCUUCCUCUGUCCCUGACGUAGUUAAGACUUCAGUAGGAUCUGAUACUGACCAGGGAGACUACACUGAAAUUACAGAUGACAUCACUGAGGCAGCUGGAGGGGGUUCUGUGACAACAGCAAGUCAUGGGAUGAACCCACAGGGAGGACGUACACCACAGCAUGCUGCUGACAAACCUGACGGAGAUUAUAACACACUUGGAGAUGCUAUUGUGACCAAAGCAGAUGCUAAGCAUACCUAUGACAGGUUGGGAGACACUAACCCUGACAAAGCUCUCCUCCGACACACUGGGAACAACGGAUCAGGUGCAGAUUAUUUCGUCCUGGGGGAAUCUGAAGACAACUACAAUAGACUAUGGCGUGGUGCUACUGCUAUUACGACUGGUGUUGACAGUGAGUACAACAGGCUGGGGGACACUACUGAGGCUGGAAAUUCUGAAUUAACGGACACUGGAGCGCCAUCGUUGGAUUACUUUGUCCUCGAGGAACCUGCAGACACGUACAACAAACUUGGAGUUGAUGGGGAUGCAACUACGACUGAUACAAAAAAUACCUAUGACCGAUUAGGAAACACGGAUGUUGAUACAAGACCUAGAGAUUCGGAACCUUCCGAAAUCUUGCUUAAGGAAUCAGGUGACACCUACACCAAGCUCGGAGAGAAACCGUCUGCCGAUGAAGUGGAACACACGUACAACAAACUUGGAGGCGCUACACACAAGAGAGAACCUGACGUCCCUCCUGAUGGUACCUAGGGACCCUCGUCAUAGGUCUCGGCAUAGCAUGUGUCUUAUACUUUCAUUGUUUAGUUCUGCAAUGUAUAUAGUACUCAACCAUAUUUUAGCAUUAUUUGUUUUAAGAAGUUUAGAAAAUUGGAAUGUGUGGUGAAACUUUAUUGAGCAGUCUAGAGAACAUCAUAAUUUUGUCAUACAUGUAGCUCAUGAGCAUCAUUUUUUUCAAUUCUGAGGCUGCCUCUCUUUGGUGUGUAUGUCCCAAGUGAGGAUUUAGUCAGAGUAAAUGAGGAUUUCGUACGUAGGAUAUUUUUAGAAACUGACUACUUUGUGUUUGUGUUUGUGGUCUGUGACUGAAAAUCCAAUAUUUUUAUAUUUGUCUGGUUGAAAAAUGUAUCUCGGUCUGUCGUUUGGUCAGAAAUUGUUAAUAAAAAUUGUAGGAUUUGAAAACAGUUACCUUAUCCGGUGAUGUUUUCUUCUCAUAAUCGAAAUUGUCAAUGGACGCAAGAGAAGGCGUCAAUAUUAUCACUGGGACGCAUGUACCUUUUUAUGUAAACUAUUUCUGAGGUCGGUAGGUUUUCGAUUAAAUCACAGGGAAUAUAAAAAUAAUAAAUAAACAUACA